GAAGUAGUUGGGACAAUUCGCAGUAUCCGGCGACUCGCGGCAUUCCGUAGCUUGCAUUGUGAUCAUCGAGAUCAGACGUUGACCAUGGGCAGCACGGCAACGACAAAGAACACCCAGAGCGACCUCCAACGAUGGCUUGAGACUACUCGCCAUGUUUUUGAGGAACGAAGCAACUCAGGCAGAUCCUUCCCUGGUGUGGUCUCCGCCCUUUCCUUGGAGGUCGCGCGCCCCAGUAUGCUUCAAAACCGUCAGGUCCGCCGUCCUCAGAAUGAUCAGGCCCAAGAGAACGCUGAGCAUCCUUCCACUGCUUCCACGGCAUCAGGCCGGGCGGGGUCAGGACCUUCAGGGUCUGGGAACUGAGAUGAACCUUGAGACGAACAUGGGGAUGAUGGCAGUGAACUCAGACGAACUGAGAUUAACUGAGCCGUUCCAAUUUUUCAACAGCUCGCAAGCUCCUCCUGGCAGCUGUUUGACAUUUGCACUGGUCACUGGGUUGUGCAGGCUGUACAGGCGACCGGUGCAGCGUCAAUUGCAUAGCAAUGUGCUUUCGUAGAUGUGCGCGGUACGACCACCCAGAAAUUACUACACGCACACAGG